AUGAACACCCCGGAAAUAGCCAGUCGCUUCAGCUGCACCACUGGGCCACCUAACGACCGGGUACUUGUUACACCGUGGGCAAUUGUGCGACGGGCAACCGCAUCGACGGCGAUGCUCAGUGCAGGUGCACUAGUCUUCGGUAUGACUCCAGAGGUCAAGCACAGUGGUAACAACGGCGAAGUACUUCCCACGUUCGUAGCUUGUUCGCAGGCCAUCAUUUCGGCAGCAGAGCGAAUGGAAAAUCUCGUGCGAGAGCCUGAAAGUAUGGCUGUGGCAGUCGCCUACGACGAGUGUCUGGAUAUUGUCGUGGCAGCGGUGAACUACAUGGAAGCGGCUGGAUCACAAACGACUGCGAAUGAGUACGUCGUUGAAAUCGAUCAAGCUGUACGCAGCAUCCGCAACGUUUUGCUACCCAGCCCAUACGUCCGUCGAGCUCUACAGUUUUAA